CCCGGGCUGGUUUGCAAGGACGCCAAGUUGCUUCCAUCCUGGAAAACAAACACGCAGAAAAAUCUCGUAAAUGAUCAGGCCCGAGCCUAGGUUCCAAAUCCCCUUGCGUCUGUCUUUCAGGCACACGAGAUCCGAGUGUCCCCGACUCUCUGGCGAGGAUGCAAGGUGGCCGUAGCCGGCAGGGGCGGCCUUCGGUGAUGGCCAGGAAGGGAGUGCCAGAGAGACCUCCUCCAUCCGGCUUUCUAGAGAACAGGUUUUUGUGCUGAUAGCAGCAGCCUCUUUGGACUUGGGUUGUUCGAUGACCUAUUCCAUCCUUGGACCCUUUUUCCCCAAGGAGGCAGAGAAAAAGGGAGCCAGCAAUACCAUGAUCGGCAUGAUCUUUGGAAGUUAUGCUUUAUUUAACUUGUUGGCAUCUUUAGUGUUUGGAAAAUAUCUUGUUCAUAUUGGAGCAAAAUUCAUGUUUAUAGCAGGAAUGUUUCUUUCAGGAGGAGUCACAGUUCUCUUUGGUGUCUUGGACCAACUUCCAGCAGGACCAGUAUUUAUCACCAUGUGCUUUCUAGUGAGAAUGAUUGAUGCCAUAGGCUUUGGUGCAGCCAUAACUGCAUCGUCUUCCAUCCUUGCAAAGGCCUUUCCAAAUAAUGUGGCAACCAUCUUGGGAAGCCUUGAGGUUUUUUCUGGACUCGGGCUAGUGGUAGGUCCUCCUUUAGGUGGCUUUUUGUAUCAGUCCUUCGGCUAUGAGGUGCCUUUUAUUUUUCUGGGUUGCAUAGUUCUGCUGAUGAUCCCGCUCAACCUAUGUAUUUUGCCCAAUUAUGAGUCAGAUCCAGGUGAACACUCCUUCUGGAAGCUUGUCACUUUGCCCAAGGUCAGCUUUAUAGCUCUCAUCAUCACCUCGCUCAGCUCCUGCUUUGGCUUCCUGGAUCCCAUUCUGUCUCUCUUUGUUUUGGAAAAGUUUAAUUUACCAGCUGGAUAUGUGGGACUGGUCUUCCUGGGGUUGGCGCUAUCCUAUGCCAUUUCUUCACCAUUAUUUGGCCUGCUAAGUGAUAAAAUGCCUCAUCUAAGGAAAUGGUUUCUUAUUUUUGGAAACUUAAUCACAGCAGGAUGCUUCAUGCUCUUAGGACCUGUCCCAAUCUUGAACAUUAAAAGUCAGCUCUGGCUUCUGGUGCUGGUCUUGGUUGUGAAUGGCAUCUCUGCUGGGAUGAGCAUCAUCCCCACCUUCCCCGAGAUUCUCAGCUGUGCACAUGAAAAUGGAUUUGAAGAGGGAUUAAGUACUUUGGGACUUGUAUCAGGCUUCUUUGGUGCCAUGUGGUCAAUAGGUGCUUUCGUAGGACCACUGCUGGGUGGAUUUAUGUAUGAGAAAAUCGGUUUUGAGUGGGCAGCAGCUGUACAAGGCCUGUGGGCUCUGCUGAGUGGAUUAGCGAUGGGCUUAUUUUAUCUCCAGGAGAACGCAAGGACAAGAAGAAGGUCUAAACCUCAAAAUAUCACUGCUACAGAGGAGGAACGAACUGCUCUGUUGCCCAAUGAAAUCUAGCCUUACAAGUCCGGCAGGCAGAGGCUGGGAGUUGGUCCAAUGAAAUCUAGCCUUACAAGUCCAGUAGACAGAGGCUAGAAGUUGGCCCAAUGAAAUCUAGCCUUACAAGUCUGGCAGGCAGAGGCUGGGAGUUGGUCCAAUGACAUCUGGCCUUCCAAGUCCGUCAUUGGCAGAGGUUAGGAGUCAGUUGCUGCUGGCCUUGAGGACCAGUGCUGGAAGAAUUUACUCUCUGACGCACAGAACACCCUGGAAAUGUCAAUCUGUUUUUGCAUGAUCCUGAGUAAAAAUGUGCUUCCUGUUGUUCCGGAAAGUUGGCCUGCUGAGCCAGCAUGAACUUUGAGAAAGCGAGUAAGAAAAUCAGCAAAGGCCUGUGUUUUUCAGUGAUGAAACUUGUCCUUGAGGUUGUCAUUGGGUCUGGGGUUUUUAUUUUGAACUGACUCUAUGAAUGUGCCUUUUUAAUUAAUAUGGAUAAAAAUGAAGUUUAUGGCAUACACUAAACUAUAAAAAUGACUCAAAUAUGGUGAGUAAUUACUGUAAGUUCAAUUCUUUAAGAUAGAUUUUUCUGUGCUCUGAGAUUUAUUUUAUGUUUCUGUUACUUCGAGGCAGGGUCUCACUCUAACCCAGGGUGACCUGGAACUCUCUUUAGUGUCCAGCCUGGCCUUGAACUCACAGAAAUUUUCUCUCGUUAGCCUCCUGAGCGCUUGGAUUAAAGGCGUGCACCACCAUGCCUUGAUUGUCUUAAGAUCUUUUCUUAAAAUGUUUUAUUUAUUUACUUCUGGGGGAGGGAGGGAAAGAGGCAGAAUGAGUGUACCAGGGCGUCUAGCCAUUGCACCAUCACGAGCAUCUGGCUUACGUGGGUACUGGAGAAACAAACCUGGGUCCUUAGGCUUCACCUGCAAGUGUCUUUAGCUCUGAGACGUUUCUCCAGGUCCUGUCCCUGAGAGCUUUUCUUCUCUCUUUCUCUCUCUUUCUUUUCCUUUAUUCCAGGUAGGGUUUCACUCUAGCUCAGGCUGAUCUGGAAUUCACUUUGUAGUCUCAGGGUGGCCAGUGAACUCAUGCUGAUCCUCCUACCUCUGCCUCCCCCGGGCUGGGAUUAAAGGCUGCGCCACAAUGUCAGGUGGCUCUCUUUUUCUCUUUUGAUAAAGACAAAAUUCCUGUCUACCCUGCAAAAACUGAAAGAAAGCAUUCUUCAGCCCUUGUUUUUUCUAAAAUUUGUGUGUGAGUACAGGUACAAGAUAAUGAUAUUUAUAACUUUAAUUUCCAGUUCUAACCAGUUACAAACAUUACUUGGUAUAGUACCAUUCAAUUCCAACUUUGAUGUCUCUCUGUUCUAGGCUUGUUUUCAUAUGAUUUAAGAUGUAUUCUAUCUCUCUAGCAAAAAAGUACCCUUGUGCCCCCAACUAUGACUGUGUAAUACAUGUUGGGGAAACGCCCUCUAACUGUAAAAUUCAUGCUGCUAAUCAAAGUGGAGUAUCAAAUCGACUACUUUUUUUUUAAAUUAAAAUUAAAUUUAUUAUUAUUA